AUGCGUGUGGUGCCCACGCUAAACCGAAGCUCGAGCUGGUGCUGGUACUCCCCGGUGCUGCUACUCUUGGUGCUUGGCCCCAUGACGGGCGCCUGGCGUUCUUUCAAGGUGAUCCUCACGGGCGUGGAGUACGAGGCCAACGGCAAAGUCGUGGACCUGAACGUGCAGCUGCACAACGACUCGGGCGACUCGAGGAUCAGCGUGGACGUGACCACACACGCGGACCUGCCGGACGUCCAGCUGCAGAUCAACGUGGCCCUGGAGACGGACACGGGCAACUACUCGACGCUGAUCAACCGAACCGUGAACUUCUGCAAGAUGAUGAAGCAGCGCAGCUCGGAUCCCCUGGUGCGGCUCCUCUACGACGACCUGCUCAAGCACGGCAGCUUCUUCAAGGAGUGCCCCGUCCGGAGCGGCACCUACAGCCUCCGCGGCUACAGGGUGGACGAGGAGACGCUGCCCAGCUUCCUGCCCGAGGCAAACUUCAAGCUGGUCGUCCUCAUCCUCAGGCCCAAGAACGAGAUGCUCUCGCGGACCACCAUCUAUGGGCGCAUCGACAAGUCCAAGGGAUUCGACAAUCUCAAGAGGUUCAGCCUAGGCUGA